AUGGUUAUCUCUGUUAGCUGGCUGCAAGCAUCUCCGUCCAAGCACACUAGUUACUCUGUGCGGAUGGAGAACGCCGUUCCCAUAGUGACGCAGGCCCCUGGUGCCCAACCUCUACAGCUCCAGCCUGGCUUGCUGACACAGCAGGCCUGGCCCAGUGGCGCCCAGCAGAUCCUGCUGCCCCCAGCCUGGCAGCAGCUCACCCACACCUCGGUCCAGCACGCCACCGUCAUCCCCGAGCCAAUGAGCAGCACGCAGCCUCUGGCCAGCUGGAGGAAUUCCCACACUCACGCUAGCCACUACAACCCCAUCAUGCAGCAGCCGGCCCUAUUGGCCGGCCACGUCACCCUGCCAUCCAAUCAGCCACUCAAUGUGGGAGUGGCUCACGUCAUGAGGCAGCCGUCAACCAAUAACAGCUUGUCCAAAAAGACCAAGCAGCACCAGAUGUCUACAAGGAGCGUGUCGGGCUACGAGGUGUCCUCCUCCCAGCCCGUGCUGUCCCCGCAGCGCUCCAAGCGGGUGAAGGAGAACACGCCGCCGCGCUGCGCCGUGCUCCAGAACAACACCUCCUUCAACUGCCCCGCCCUCUCCACCGUCACCGGCGCCCCCGCCCACCAGUCCUGCCACGGAGGAGGCGGAGGAGGUGGAGGAGGAGGAGGAGGAGGAGGAGGAGGAGGCUGGGGGUCCAGUGGCGGCCAAGCGGAACAGGCUUCCAGCACCACCUGCGAUCACCACCACCACCAGCAGCACCACCAACAUCAGCAGCAGCAGCAGCAGCAGCAGCAGCAGCAGCAGCAGCAACACCACCACCACCACCACCACCACCAGCAGCAGCAGCAGCAGCACCACCACCACCACGUCCCACGACAGACCAUCAUCAUCCCUGACACGCCCAGCCCGGCCGUCAGCAUCAUCACCAUCAGCAGCGACACGGACGACGAGGAAGAACACAAGCAGAGCAACAACAACUUACCGUCGAAGCACAGGAAGAACGUGAUCAGCUGCGUGACGGUGCACGACUCGCCCGACUCGGACUGCUCCAGCAACAACAGCCCAUACGCCAUGGAAACCAGGUUGGCCAACAACAACAACAACAACGGCUACGACAGCAAAAGCACCGUGCUGGACAACUACAACAACAUGAACUCUCGCACCAUCAUCGUCCCCCCCCUGAAGACUCAAGGCAGUGAGCUGCUGAGCGAGUGCGAUCGCCUCAUGCCAGAAGCAAUUAAUCAUCAGAACUACAAGUUCAAGUCCUCCAACGGGGGGGUGUCCGGAAACGGCCACUUACCGGGGGGCGUGGUGGGCUCCUACCGGCAUCAGCGCUCCGGGCCGCACCCCUUUCAGCAGCAGCCCCUGAACCUCAGCCAGGCCCAGCAGCACAUGGCGGCGGAGCGAGGCGCGGGCCACCGGCGCCAGCAGGCCUACAUCGCCCCCACCAUCGCCGCGCAGGCGCCCUACUCCUUCCACCACGGCAGCCCCUCCUCCCACACGGGCAACCUCCACCCCCACCCCCACCCCCACCCCCACCCCCACCCCCACCCCCACCUGACGGCCGCCCACCUGCCCGGCCAGCCCCAGCUGUACGCCUACACCACCGGGCCGCCGGCGGGCGCGCUGGGCUCCAGCGGCGCCACCACCAUGGCCCACCUGGUGGCCUCCCAGGGCUCGGCGCGCCACGCCGCGCAGCACGGCAGCUACCCGCCCGCCAUCGUGCACCAGGUGCCCGUCAGCAUGGGCCACGGCGUGCUGCCGUCGCCCGCGCUGCAGCACCACCACCACCACGCCGGCCAGUACCAGGUGCAGCCCUUCGCCCACCACCACCACCACCACCACCACCACCCGGCCUACAUCAGCGCCUCGCCGGCCUCCACCGCCACCCUGUACACUGGAUACCCGCUGAGCCCCGCCAAGGUCAACCAGUACCCUUACCUCUAGAGGGGCCAAGCCCGCCGUCGGGACCUCUGUGGACCACACUGGAGAGGGAGACCCGCCCCCUGCAGCAGCAGCAACCACUGCUGCUGCUGCUGCUGCUGCUGCUGCUGCUGCUGCUGACUACACCCACCUACUCCAACCCGCACCUCCAGCAACCCCCCUCACCCCCCUCACCCCUCUCACCCCCCUCCGAUUUCACUCCCCCAACCCUCGGGAGUCUACUCCCGCCCUGUUGACCCCCCCCCCUCCCCCAGGAACUGUAGAGGCAGAGAAGGAGAAGGAGGCAAAAGAAGUCCGAUGGGAAUCUGACAAAGUCGUUUAAACUUGAAAGCGGAGAGCGAGAGAGAACCGAAUGAGAAGGGAGAGGGUUGGGUAGGAUUGUAGAGGGGUACGUUACAUUUCCCCCCCCUCCCCCGCCCCCUGUUUAUAAUCCUUGUUUGCAAAAAGGGCCAGUUCAAGUCUAUUAUUUUGAUUUCAAUAUUUUACCUUUGAACGAUUCUGUGACUGGUUUCACGAUGGAGUCCCUUCGACAGGCCUGCUUAGACGGAGGAUUUCUUCCUCAAAGAGACGUUGCUUUGGUUUUAUUGCCUCCCCCCACCCCCUGCCCCCUCUCCCCUUCUGGUCUGGGACGUGACAGUGGAACAGGGAUAGCUCUCUCUGGGUGUGUCGAAUAUCCCAAAUACGGAGAGAAAGUGAAAUAAGAAGAAAAAAAACCUGCUGCUCUUUUAAGAAAAAAAUAUAUAUUGAUGGCCUUUAAUUGUCUUAACUAUUUCCAAAUCAUUCACAGUGUGUCUGGGAGAGGGCCCUUCCCCAGCUCACUCCAUCUUCUCAACUAACUCGAGGAGGACUCUGGAAAUAUAACCACCAGAAGACAACAAACUUUCUAGUGUAUUUAUAGAUAUUUUUUGUUCCUUACCUUCUUGUAUGUUUCACCUUUUACGAUACGAUAAACUCUGUUUUAGCUAGGUGUCUUAGCUGGGCCCCUGUUCUUAGAAUGUAGCAGUCUGCACCAACUUGUUUUUAUGGGGAAACCUUUGGUUUUAUUUUUUUCCCCCCUCCCUGAUACCAAUAGACUUAUUCGACUCUCCUCCGAUUAAUUUCUUCUUUUUUCAAUGUGAUUGCACAAAAGUGGUUAUAUAAUAACAUAGGCAUGUACAACGUGAUUGUCUGUGUGUGUGUGUGUGUGUGUGUGUGUGUGCGUGUGUGUGAGUGUGCGCGCGUGCCUGCGUGUGGCUGUGUGUAAGCGCUACUGUCAGCCAUGUUGAGUAGAUGGAAAAGCCCUGCAUUGUACAUUGUCCUUUAGCUUCUUCAGCCGUCCUUCCCUAUAGUAGUGCCUUACAGAUAUAAUGACACAGUUUACCUGGCUCUGAUCCCCCCCCCCCCCCCCCCCCCCCCAGAGCCACUGGAGACCCUAAGGGCGCUUCAAGCGAGGAGUGCUUCCCUGGUCUGACAUCCCCCCAGUUUUGGCAGUUGUAGCUUCCUUCCAGGUGUAGACUCUACCCGGUUGUUUUAGCGUUUUGUGUUUCCCAUUGACAGCGUACUAUAAAGUGAUGAUGAUGAUGUUGACACUUAAUGUCAGAGAGUCGAUAUGAUUAAAAACUGAGCUAAUUUUAUGACGCGUGCAUGAGAUAACCUUGCUUGGGGUACUUAACCAAAGUCGUUACAUAAAUUAUGGUCACAUGUUGUCGUUUUGUUUCGGUUUUUCGGGAUAUAAAUGUAAAUAAUGAAAUGUAUAGUGUAACUGUGACCUCUACCACCGUGGCACCCGAAAUGUGGCUUUACUUUUAAGAUCACUUGGUGUAUUUUUUACCACAGAAGAAGAAGGAAAUUCAUAAGCAGCAGGGACUCCAGAGUUGGAAAGUAGUGUGAGGUGGUAUAUCGUAUACUGGGCAACUCCAUUUGAACAAACCAAUGUAAAGUGACAUCGGAUCGGCUUGGAUACAUAGCGCAGCCUCGGUGUUGACAUUAUAUCAAGCUCGAGACUACACAGAAGUCGUCUCGUCGAGCUAGGUCAGGCUAAAAGGACCUGAAAGAGAGUGUUUGUUUCCAUGGCGGCGACCCUGCAAGGCCAAUGUGAGGGCUGACAGAGAACGAGUGAGAGAGAGAGGGAGAGAGGGCCGGGUUGCUAUAGACUGAGAGAGAGAGAGAGAGAGAGAGAGAGACUAGAGGACAGAGGGCUGCAGGAGACAGAUAGUGUGUAGGCACAAGCUCUAAGGGGCGGGCCUAAGAAAGCAUAAGGGUUGGUUGGGGUAGGAUAGGUGGAGGAGGAGGAAUCCCUUAUCUUAAAUGGAAGGAAAAGAGGUGAGCAUGUUGGCACUGAGCAGGUUGAUAGUAACAAGGAACCCUUAGGUGAUCUUUCGUAGGAGGCCACUGCAUGAACACACACAAACACACAAUGUACGUGCACACGCACACAACCACACCCACACACACACACACACACACACACACUAUACCUAUAACUCUGGACAGGAGUGUUUUUAAUUAUCGUUGUUGUUACUGCUGUUGUCGUUGAUGUUUUUCUGGCAAAGAUACACGCAAGUUAUUUGUCUUGUUGUGCUCUGAGAAGUCAUGGUAUGGCGAGAUGUGUUGUCAUCUCAUAUAAACGACCAGAAGAGGACAUGUGGAAAACACACACACACACACACACACACACACCCUGGAAGAGCCUCUCUUGGACCUGGGCUUGGUCCGCCGCCGCCGCCGCCGCCGCCGCCGCCGCGUGUGUGUCUGUGAGCCGAGGUACAGACCCCUCGGGGGCACAACGUAACACGCAGAACUAUACCCUACGGGGCUGGCGCUCCAUGUGACCCGCUGCUUUAUUUAACGGAUGUUCUCUCUAUUAGCCACUGACGGGAUUAGUAUUCAUUAUCGAACAACGUUAUUUUGUCCUCGUGAAAUGAAUGUGCUCAUCUCAACUGCCAGUGGUUUAUUAAACAAGCCUUCCCCUUUUCCCCUUUCCCUUCAUAGUUCUGGCAUUUAAAGUUGUUUUUGGAUUUUUCUUUGUUAUUUUGUUCUCGCGUUACGAUUAACUUUUGACAUGGUUGUAGGUUUUGUUGUGUUAAUUAUUAUUAGAGAUUGUUGCAAUAAUUGUUGUGGCUGUUCUAUCAGUGCGUGUAUGUGUGUGCGCGUGUGUGCGUGAGUUUAUAUAUUUUUCUUUUUUUAUAUCAUUAUUAUGAAUCGAUGUCCUGCUCAUUUCAUUUCUUGAUUUAUAACCUUGGGGUGGAUGUAGAGUAAUAUUUCGACCCAGGUGGGGGCACCAGUAUCAAAGCACUGCUGACCGUGCUAACUGUUAAGGUGAAGAUAAUCCAAAGGAGUCGUUAGCGAUCAGCCUCAAUGUGUGCCCACUGCCCAAGCUCCAAACCAACAUUUAAGUGACUACUGGUGGAAGUCAGUGGGCUCUCUUGUCCUCGGUACUGAUUGCUCCCCCCUCCCCCUCCCCUCGCCGGUGGUCCGCAGUGGCCAACAGGGGAUCCUGGCAGUCCAAGAUGUGAUGUUGUGAUGCAGAAUGGUUUUUUUUCUUUCACAUUCUUGUCCGUGUCGAUGUUUUUGUUCCUAUGCUUAUUGUUUUGUCUAGCCCUCAGCCCAUUGGGGCGUAAGUACGCACGUACGAGAGAUUUCUGUUUUUUUCAUUUUUUUCAUUGAAUUCUUUGGUUCCUCAGUUCUGGGGAAGACUACUGAAACAUUCCACUGUUUGAUGAAAUCUGGCGUUCGUCCUCCAUCUUUUACACUGCUGCAGCGUUACCACGGGGCGACCCUGUCCUGUCUCAGAAUCCUCCCACCAAAGACUCCACACACACACACACACACACACACACACACACACACACACACACACACACACACACACACACACACACACACACACACACACACACACACACACACACACACACACACACACACACACACACACACAACUCUGUACAUCUCAGCAAAGUACAAGCAAUCCUCCACAGCGUCUCCACAAAGUAGUCUGGCAAUAAUUCUGGUUUCUUUCCUUUAACUCUUUUAAUAAGACUUUUCUUUAAAAGUGCUUUUAGGGAUGUUUUUUUUAGUCAGUUUUAGCCCCGUUGAAUGUAUAUGCAGAAUUGUGUGUGUGUGUGUGUGUGUGUGUGUGUGUGUGUGUGUGUGUGUGUGUGUGUGUGUGUGUGUGUGUGUGUGUGUGUGUGUGUGUGUGUGUGUGUUUGUGUGCAAAGGAGAGAUUUACCAUGCAAAACGCACACUGCAUUCAUUGAGUUAGUUUCUGUAAAUACAAGCAACAACUGCUGCAGCCAAGCGUUCUCUAUGAAUAGUGUUACUCCUAUUAUGUGUUCCCGCAUUGACUCACGACAAUAGGUAGCUAUUAGUUUAUCUGUUCCCUUAAUAUCUUAACUUCUCCUCAAAAGGUUUUAUGUGUAUUUUUUGUUUUAGUCUUUGAUGUCGUAGCUUUAUCAAUAUUUCAACAAAAUGUAAUUUGUAUAAAAAAAGCGGAUGUAUUGGGUUAGUGUGCCAUGGAAUGGAAUGAUAUGUAAAUUUAAUUUAAUCAAAAAUAUACCAAUUAUACCUUUAAAAUCAUGGUCACGUGCACAAAAUGAAUGUAAUGUGUGACCUGUGACAUUGAACAUGCUUUACAGCUCUUUCAGCAGGUGAAUAUUUAAUUUAAAGACUGAAUUUAUGUAACUGUCAACUGUCACCAAUGCAUGAUGCACUAAUUCUACAGUAACUAUAUUGCAUAAUUAUUUAGCAGCAUAAUUCACCCUUGAGAGAGUAUAUUUCUGUUCCUUGUUUUCUAAUUUGAACAAGAAACAAAGACUAUUUGGAAAAUACAAAACCAAGAUGCAGCAAUCGAGAUUCACAUGAGUUUUACAUGAAACCAUGAUUUUAAUUUUGUGAAAAAAGACAAAUUGGAAGUGUGACUUUGGAGUACCAAAAUGUACAAAGUGUGAAUGCUGCAUUUGGCCAUUUUAAUUCAAGAGUACUGCAAUCCAAACAACUAAGAAUCCCUUCUAACUUUGAGGUGUGGUUUAAAUUAGUCAAAGCUAUGUGCGGCUCAGUCUCUCUCAGCCUUUCACAUCUUUUUUUUUUACCCACUGUUCUUUAAACGAAAAUACUUCACACAAAAGGUGUCAAUUUCCAACUCUGUCCACAAUGUUGUUUGUGAGUAAUGAUGCUCUUUGAACUCUGAAAUAAUUGCAAAACAUUCCUCAAGGCAUACCACCCUUAUUGCUAGCUCCAUUGGUAUUCUCCUGCCAAACUCCUGAAGUAGUGACUUGAAGUGCUGGAAGAAGUGAAUAGGGGUGAAUCACUUAACACACAAAACACACAACACACACACACACACACACACACACACACACACACACACACACACACACACGCACACAAAGAACUGUUUCACCUUGCAAUCGUCUGAUAAAAUGUCAAGCCGCUGCCAAAAGUAAUAAGGAGGUAAUGAAAUGUGUUGGCUGGAGUUAACAUGAGCUGAUGGACUCUUUCCUUUCUUUAAUCUCCAUUACGUACAAUCUGAUGACAUAGACAUUCUAUCACAAAAACACAUAUGAGAGGAACAUUCUUCCUAAUUUUGAAUCUCGAUGUGGAGAUUUGCUCCUUUGCUGGCUGUUCCUUAAGUGGGAUUCAGGGUACGGUGGUCAAGGUUUGAUGCCAUCACUGUGAAACGGUGUUACACAUUGUUGUUAUUACUAGAAGUGAUUCAAAUUGCUUUGUGGUCAUAACCAUUUUAACUGCAUCAGAUUAUAUUUCUUCCAAAUUUCUUUAAUGUUAAGUCCCUAGUCCAACACUUUGCUACUUACAGAUCAAAACAACACCAUUCCAAGACAAAUACGUUUGUAAUAUUUAAUGGUAGAAUCUGGAGUCAGCACCCAAGACUACUUUCAAAUUUAGGUAUAACAUUUUUACAAUGUGAAAAAUAUUUUUUUAUUACGAUAAAGCCUGGUGUGUAGAGUUUCAAUUGUAAAAGAGUCAUUUCUCCCAUUUGUCUUGAAUUACAUUCUAUUAUGCCAUUCUCAUUUUUAUGUCAACACUACAAUUAACUACUGUGUUGGCCGUAUGCUUGUACUUUACACACAUGUUCAUAUAUUCUUAUGAAUCUCACUCAGACCAUAGUUUCCAUUGUAAGACCUAAACCUGCAUCAGACCCUGACCCCCUGUUGUGUCCAUUGCCGUUUGCUGGAGCGACGGAUCACAUUUCUUUGUUGAUAAAGCCAAUGUGUGCUGUAUUUCCUGCUAAACCUUUUGUUCCGUUACUCUCCUCCUUUUCUUUUCUUUAUUGGGGUGUGUGAUGUCUUAUUAUUUCAAUCUGUUACCGUAGCGAUCUAUGUAUACCCUAUUCCUUAGCCUAAUAUUAUUAACUAUGUUAUGAGAAUGGAUAUUUUACUGGCUUUAUAGAAUGUUUAAAUAAUUAUAAUAAUGACAAUAAGAAGAGUGAUUAAGUAAAACAAAAACUCCUAACAAUAUUGAGUACAUGCUUCUCAGCGCUUGUGUUUCCAUUAUGAUGUUGUGUGCUUCUCUUAAUCAUUUUCGUUGUAGAAAAAUGGAGUGAAUUUAUAUUAGGCUUCAAAAAUCUAACGAUAGCUUUGUAAAACUACGGGAGGAUUUUAACAGACAAACAACCUUCGUCAAAUAGAAGAAUAUAGUUAUUUUAAUUGUCCUCUUUACUAACUGUAGGAUGAGAGGGUCUCGCUUUGUGGUGAACUAUGUUAUAGCUUGUUAUUCACUGUUACUUUUGAUCAUUUUUUCGGUCUCCGAGGUGAAUCGAGUUAUUAAUGAGAAUUUGUAUGAUCACAUAUGCAUAUUGUAUAUGUGUAGAAAUGUAAUCACACUUUGUCUUGGAUUUACAUUAAACUGUUAAGUCACGGCA